ACGACGAUACUGUAUGCUGCCUGUCUGUCUGACUUACUGACCAGAGAAGAGGGCGAAGGAAAGGAAAAAAGCCGCUGUCACACGUUCCCUUCAUCCGUUUUAUUUGAAUGACAUAUUGUAGAAAACAAAAGGAUUACAGGAGGCAUGUUGACAGUAAUCUAAAUCUUUGCAUGCAGUAGCCUAGCGUAACUGCCCGGGUUUAUCAACAAUGCAGCACGCGAUCGUUUUAUUGAUCGACAGAACAUCUGCUAAUGUUUUAUAAAGCCAGCAGCAGCUAUACCCAUUGCUCAUAGACUACAGCGCUCAUCUCAAAGGACCAGCAGGUGUGCUAAUAUUGUACCAGACAGAUGUUCACACUCUACAAUGACGAGAUUCUGAGACACACACAGGCGUCUGAUAGUUCCAGAACCUUCCCCUUGAUGAGAGCAGCCGGACUCACGGCAGGUACAUGGUCAGUGUGCAGGCCGACCCUCGUCUGUCUGCUCUCUUGAAAGCUGCUUUUCACUGAUGAUGCUGAAGUCGGCGGCCAUCUUAAACAGGUGAAAGGAGGUCCAUAUGAAGCGUGCAGGUCGCAGACGAUACCUCCAAUGCUACUGUAACUCCAAUAAACAACCAGGCAGAAUGGCAUCAGGGAUUGUGUUACAAGAGUAGCAGCAUUUCACCACUGCACCACCACGAAUCAAUAUAGCUUGGACAAGGACGACCAGACCCGACCAGUUAGUGAUGGAUUUGGAGCUGGCCUUGGGUGCUCUUUGAUCCACAGAAUCCCGUCAGUACCUUCUGAGACUUCAGGUGUGUGCUAGCCUCGCCUGGCCUCGCCUCGACGCCAUGCGGGUGAGCUUCUGCCAGGCCCUGUUGGCGGGCGCCAUCGUGAUCAACCUGCUGAUCCUCUACUACGUGUCGCGUGCCCAACAGCAGAUGAUGGAGCGGCGCCGCGAGCAGGCCAAGGGCUCCAAGAAGUCGGGGCUGUCCGGCGCCGGAGGUCUCGGGGCUGGCGUGGGACUGGCAGCAGUGGGGCUGGGAGGUGGCGGCGGCGGUGGCGGAGGCGCUGGAGGUGGUGCCAACUUGGCGGGGGUGGCCGGGGCGAAGUCGGACAUGAGCGGGCGUAGCGGAGGCGGUGGUGGCGGUGGUAGCCCGCGGGUGACGGUGCUGGUGCGGGAGUUCGAGGACUUUGAGAACUACGUGGGCGAGGUGGCGCGCUCGUUCCUGCGCCAGCGGCCGGAGCUGCCGUUCCUGGCGGUGGCGGACACGCCGCCCUACCCGCCCCUGGCGCUGCCCGAGGGAGGGGGUGCCAGGCUCCUGGUCCUCGCCCCCAGCCCUGAGCUGCCCCCGCAGGCCAACCGGCCAGAGUUCCACGUGCAGACGGAGUUCGUGCUGCUGGUGCCCGACGGGGUGGAGCUGGAGCACGGGAGACAGGUGGAGCACCUGAUCCGUGAGCUGGAGGGCGAGGGCGGAGGGACGGUGCGUCUGGUGGCGGCCCCCGUGCUGUCGCGCUCGGCCGUCCAGUGCCUGCACCUGCGGGUCAGCACGCGCGAGUGGACGGCCACCUACUCGCCGGCCGCCUCGGGCAGCAGCGGCAGCGUCUGCACGGCGCUGUCCGGCGACGCCGUGGUCCUGCUGCGCGCCGAGGACCUCUUCAACCUGUCCACGCCGCUGGGCCGCCCGCUGCUGACCUCGCUCUUCGUCCAGACGGCGCUGCGCGGCUGGCGGGUCAAGCUCCUGGAGGCGCCGUGCUUCGCCGCCGGCCGCCGGCCGCUCUUCGGCUCGGCGCACGGCCAGUGGAAGGCGGAGACGCGGCGGAAGGAGGCCACGGCCGCCCUGGCGCGCGGGUUCGGCCUCAAGCGGCUGCUGCACGCCGACGGGCGCGAGCAGUGGUUCGGCUGCGGCAAGGAGACGCCGCGCUGCUUCGGCACGGUGCGCGACGACACGCCCGACUACCUGUACCUGGAGCGCUGGACCCCGCCCUGCUGCCUGCGCGCGCUCCGCGAGACCACCAAGUACGUCAUCGCCGUGCUGGAGGGCGCCGGCGUCCGCUACUGGCUGGAAGGGGGCAGCCUGCUCGGAGCCGCCCGCCACCAGGACAUCAUCCCGUGGGACUACGACGUGGACCUGGGCAUCUACCUGGAGGACGUGCCCAACUGCGAGCAGCUGCGCGGGCUGGACUCGGGCUCGCUGGUGGACGCUAAAGGCUACGUGUGGGAGCGGGCGGUGGAGGGCGACUUCUACCGCGUCCAGUACAGCGAGGUCAACCACCUGCACGUGGACCUGUGGCCGUUCUACGCGCGCAACGGCGUCAUGACCAAGGACACGUGGACGGAGCACAAGCAGGACGUGGAGUUCCCCGAGCACUUCCUGCAGCCGCUGGUGCCCGUGCCCUUCGCCGGCGUCACCGCCUACGCGCCCAACAACCACCGCGCCUUCCUCGAGCUCAAGUUCGGACAGGGCGUCAUCGAGAACCCCCAGUACCCCAACCCUGCCAAGAAGAGGCUGGAUCGCAGCCGCCUCUGA